AAAAAAAAAAAAAAAAAAAAAAAGACAGGUCGACCCACCGCUUAAAUCGCAUUCAAGCUUCGACUUAAACAGAUUACAGCAGUGGUUGUAAGAGGACGGAGUCGGAGCCAGCGCUGGGAGCCAUUAACACUUCUCCUUGCCUCUCCGAGCGACACACAGAAGCGUGCAGCGGGUUAUUCGCGGUACACAGCAGACUGACUGAAGCUCAUUGCAGAAGCAGCGCAGAGCUAACGGGAUCCACACCAACUAACCUCUGCAGUCUGCGGACGGAAGCACGGCAGACACUGGAGUUGUUUAUUGUGGAGGUGAAGCAUCAUGACUGAGCCUGACAGAUGACCAUCCUCAGCUGAGGUCCUUCCUUCCUGCGUGAACAUCCACACCAUCUGCUGAGGCUUCACCCAGUCUCGAGGCUGAGGUGUGUAUGUGCAUCUUUACCGCAGACUGUGAGUCAUACCCUCUUCUGUCCGAAGCGUCUUGGUAAAUAGCCGGCCUCACAAAGCCGAAGGAUCUCGGCUCGGCUGGUAAAUAAAGCCCUCUUCCCUCCACGCAGCGUGGGAGAAAGUGCCGCUGCAGUGCUGGUGUGGCAUCUCAGUGAGGCUGAUAGCUGGAGUGAAAGCAGCGUUGAGAGAUCAUUUUUCAGUGCGAGCCACUCACCUUUCAUUGCCAUGGCCCUGUAAGCCGGCUGUGAGGGCCGGGCUGCCGGUGGGAACGGACUCGGACUCUCACGUGGACGCAUUCUGCAGAGAGGCCCGGUGCACCCAUGCAGAGCAUCUCCCUCAUGAGGCUGGAGGCUCGUACAUGAGCGAGGAGUCAUGUGAUUGCUUGGAUGACCUUCCUAUGAGAUUAAGACACUUUGACAGACUUUUUUUCCUCCCCUUAAUGCCCAGUGGGUCUGUGCGAUGGGAGCGGAGUGAGGGCUGGUAUUGAUUCCUCUGCUUUAUGAGUUUUCUUCACUGUGAGAGUGUAUCUGAGAGGCAGAGGGAGCCAGCAUGGCCAAGCCUCUCCUGAGGAUACAGCGAUACUUCUGCAGGAAACCUGUCCGCUUCUUCUCCCUCAUCCUGCUGUACCUGACUGCAGGGAGCCUCGUCUUCCUGCACUCCGGCUUCGUCGGGGACAGCGGUCCCGGCGCCCGAGGGGGCCGUGACUCUGUCGUGGCUUCGGAGGCGGGCGGCCGGGCUUCGUCAUCGGACACUCGGGGGCUUGGCAUCAUGAGCAGGGUGUUCAAGGAGACGCGCAGAUCCGGUCGGAGGUUUGGACCUCGUUGGAUGAGGAAGAGCGGACAGGGGGACUACAAGAUGGCGGGAAGAGGGGGAGACUACACCAGCAGCUGGAAUCGAGCUCUGAAAGGACGCAAUGCCAAAGACGUAGACGAUGGAAGAGCAAAGUACAUUGGCUGCUACGUUGAUGACACUCAGAAAAGAGCCCUGAGAGGAGUGUCUUUUUUUGACUACAAAAAAAUGACUGUAUUUCGUUGCCAGGACAACUGUGCUGAAAGAGGGUACAUGUAUGCAGGUCUGGAGUUUGGAGCAGAGUGCUUCUGCGGGCACAAGAUCCAGGCGCCCAACGCUUCAGAGAGCGAAUGCAACAUGGAGUGUAAGGGAGAGAAGAGCAACACGUGUGGAGGAGCCAACAGACUCUCCAUCUACAGGCUGGAGCUGAGCCAGGAGUCGGCGCGCCGCUAUGGCAGUGCCAUUUUCAAGGGCUGUUUUCACCGGCCAGACAAUGUCACAGCAGCUCUUCCCUUCAGCGCUGUCAUCCAAAACAUGUCUGUGGACAAGUGUGUGGACAUGUGCACAGAGAGGGAGAAAUCGCUGGCAGCUCUGGCUGGAGAGCGAUGUUACUGCGGCUUCCCGACUCCUCUCUUCUCCCUUCAUGAGCUGGAGGACGAGGACAUGUGUCUCUACCGGUGCCCCGGAGAGGAGUUUGAGAGCUGUGGAAAUGACAACUUCUUUGUGGUGUACCAGACACAGGUUCAAGAUAAUCGCUGCAUGGACCGACACUUCCUUUCUGCUCGCACUAAGCAGCUGGUGGCGCUCGCCAGUUUCCCAGGCGCCGGCAACACCUGGGCUCGCCACCUCAUAGAGCUCGCCACCGGCUUCUACACGGGCAGCUAUUACUUUGACGGUUCCCUUUAUAACAAAGGCUUUAAAGGGGAACGUGACCACUGGCGGAGCGGGAGGACGAUCUGCAUCAAGACACACGAGAGCGGCAAGAAGGAGAUCGAAACCUUUGAUUCGAGCAUCCUCAUGAUCCGAAACCCCUACAAAGCCUUGAUGGCAGAAUUUAACCGCAAAUAUGGUGGGCAUGUUGGGUUUGCCUCGCAGGCCCACUGGAAGGGAAAAGAGUGGCCUGAGUUUGUGAAGAACUACGCCCCUUGGUGGGCUUCUCACACCUUGGACUGGCUGACGUACGGGAAGAACGUCCACGUGGUUCACUUUGAGGAGCUGAAGAGGGACCUUUUCUCCCACCUCAAGGGGAUGGUCCAGUUCCUGGACUUGAAAGUCUCAGAGGACCGGCUGCUCUGCGUCGAGGGCCAGAAGGAUGGAAACUUCAAGCGAUCGGGACUGCGGAAGCUCGAGUACGACCCGUACACUCCGGACAUGCGAGCGAACAUUGACGAGCUGAUCAGGACCGUAGACGCUGCUCUGAAGAAAAGGAACAUGUCCGGAGUUCCUGCAGAAUAUAUGCCAAGAUGAUAAAUGUGAAUCGUUUUUAGUUUCUUUUCCCUCCUGUUAAGUGGACAUCAGACUCUGAAACACGUUUUUUUUUUUUUGUUUUGUUUUCCUCGGAUUGAAGGCUUAAAUAGAUUUUUUUUUUCCCAGACGUUUUUCUGGAUUAGGUAGUGAUGACACAUCUGCUUCUGUAUUUAUUGUUUCUGAUCCCCUGUUUUUGAUUUCCAGUUGAAUUGUUUUGCAAGAGUUAUUAAUUCAGACCUACUUCUUUUAUUUUCUGGGGAAUAUUUGUGUUUUCCUGUAUGAAAGCCACUUUAUUCCCUGCUCUAUGCACAUGUGCUCUGUAGGCAUGUGCACAUGCCUUACAGUGUUUCCCAACCCUGGUCCUCAAGGCACACUGUCCUACAUGUUUUAGAGGUUUCCCUGCUUUAAUGUGCCUGACUCAACUGAUUAACAGGCGUUUGCUGAACUGCAAUCAGUCAUCGAUUGAAAUCAGCUGGUCUGAAGCAAGGAAAUACCUAAAACAUGCAGGGUAGUGUGCCUGGAGGACCAGGGUUGGGAAACACUAACUUAAUACUAAAAAGGUACAAAAGCUGUGACCUCAGUGCAGCUUCUCUUCCCAGCUGUUUCCCUGGUGCUGAUGUGUUUCCAGCAACAUUUGGCACAAGUCAUAGAAAACAGUAUUGCAAAGAGUAUUAAAAAGCCUCAUUUGUACAAAACGAGUAUUAAAGGAAAGUCAACAUUUUCAGUUGCUCUUUCACUAAAAACUCAGACACCUAGUCUGAGAUAUUGUUUAGAGAAUGAUGACAAUAGUUCAUCUCAGUUUCAUCUUGAACUUAAGAACAUUUUAUUUGCUUUCAAAGUAGAUCUGGAGUUUCUUUUCAUUGAUUAAUGUCCUUCAUAUUUAUUUAUUUCUGGUGUACGCUGCACAAGCUGAAAACAUUGAUUUUUGUUGGGGGAUGGGGUUUCUGAACACUGGAUGCAAAAAAAUGAAAUCCAAAUAGCACUGGACUGUGCAACACCUGCCCCAAAGAUCACCUAAGUUAUCACAGUCACUCUGUAGGCUGGAGAUCAUCUUUACAUGCAAAUGUAGGGGUUUUGUUUUUUUUAGUUUUUUUUAAGGAAAGCUCUUAAAGCGGAUUUCCACUUUAUUAAAUUUUUUAAAAAGCAGUUCUAGAAAAUUAGUCAUUAGACAUCAGUAGAGGUACUCUGGAUUAUUUGCCAUAUGUAUACAAAUAAAUAUUAACAAGAAUCAAAUGAAGAACACUAGCUACUGACUAAUAGUCAAAAGACUUCACCUGACUUCCAUUUUCAGUAUAUGACUAUAUUUUUAUAGUACAGGAUGAUGACACUUCAGAAAUAUUUGUAUGACUAUGAACAAGUGGGAGAAGAUGUUUCUCUUUUCAUGCUUUAAAUUGUUUUUGGGUUUGGCUUUCAUUGACAAGCUGGCACUUUCAGAGCAGGUGUCAUGUCCGAAUGUAUUUUCUAUGAACUGAAUGUAAGGCAAGAACACAGAAUAAAGGAGUAAAUUAAAUAAACAGUGAAGAUGUGC